AUGUUUGAUAGUGCUAUAUAUUAUCAUCGUGCAUUUUUCCAUUUGGAAUUAAUUGACAGAAGCUACAAGUAUUGUCCUUUACCACCUGAAUGGGAAAAAACUGAGAAGAUUAAUGAAUUCUUAGAACAAUUUUACAAUGUCACUUGUAGUUUCUCUAGAACUGAGUAUCCCACAUCUAAUUUGUAUUUUCCAUCAGUGUAUUCUUGUAAUUUUUCAUUGAAAACAGCAAAGGAGAGUGAUGAUUCAUAUCUAUCAAGUAUGGGCAAUUUAAUGACUGAGAAAUUUGAGAAGUACUGGAAAGACUUCAGUAUAAUAUUGGCCAUUGCAGUGGUUCUUGAUCCUCGUUACAAGUUUAAUUUUGUGGAUUAUGCAUAUACCAAAGUUUAUGGUGUAAAGGGAUCACCACAAUUUCUUGAGGACUUUCAUUCUUUUGAAAAUCAAGAACAAGCAGCUACACAAAAAUCUGAAUUGGAACUUUAUUUAGAUGAACAAAGAUUAAGUAUCAAUGUAGAUUGUGAUAUUCUUGACUAUUGGAAAGGAAAUCCAUUUCAAUAUCCUGAGCUUGCUGCUAUGGCUCGUGAUGUUUUGAGCAUUCCUAUAUCUGCUAUUGCCUCAAAAGCUGCAUUUAGUGUGGGUGGUCAGGUUGAACUUCAAAUUUUGAAACUGCCUAGCAAUGGGGAUUGA